CUGCUUGAUGGUAUAAUAGCUGUUGAUAUCCAAAAGUGUUGCUGUCUUGAGAUAACCAAACUAGCUAAAAAUACAACAUAUACAAACCUAGAAAGCUAUAAAACUGACAGGAAUUUGUACAAUCCAUUAACUGGACUGGAUAUUAACAAAGACCUGAAACCGUAACGAACUAACAAGAAGCGAGAUCAAAGGAAUCAAUCAGCUUAUUUAAACUCGUGAUUUUAAAAAAAAUUAUAUUCGAUCCUACAUGAAGUAUAUUUCCUAGGCCAUUCUCAAAACGCAAACUGUGGAGGCGGGCAUUUGGUUUUCAUGAAGUCACUGCUAAAAAAGGCAUUAAGUCAAAUUGCUAUUGUUCCAGCUCUGCCCGAGUCUCGGAGACCUGAGGUGCGAUGUAAGUCCAGUAGGAAAAACCAAAGUAGAGGUCAACUAAAACGUCUUCGUAAUGAAUUAUACCGAAAACAUCAUUCCAAAAAAGUUACUUGGAAAAUAUUUUCAAGUAAAAAGGACCCUCAGCCCAAACCUGACAAGUGCGGUUCUAUCAAACCCAAAAAUAUCAGCAAAGUCAGUCCUGAACUAAUAGAAAUUGCGAAACAGAUAAACCAAAGUAGGCGCGAUGUUUUCGAAGCAACGCCCGACAGAAUGAUAAGCAAGAAGGCAGAAAGUGUUCUCUUCAACAAAGAUUAUGAUAAUUUCAGGGAUGAUUUAAAAACUCUUAUAUGCUCAUAAUUUGCAUUGUAUAAUCAUGAUUUUCUGUAAUUAGUCAACUGGUUUCUUCAAUACCCAUUUUCUAAAAUGUACAGAUGGAUAGCAAUCAUCUAGAAAACUGGUAGGACGUAGUAGUAUACAUACUUUAUUUUUACCGGUACGAACAAAUAUUAUAAAAUUAAAAUAAAGAUAUUUCCUAUUAGUUGUUGUUACGGAAUACUAGUUUAAAUGUUCGAUACGUUGACAGGAAUAAGGCGAAGCCGAUUGGUACGAAAAGCGGCGUAUAAAUACCGUAUUUCUGAUCAUCCUACAAAAAAAAUGUGUAAUUAUUAAGCUAACAGCCUUUUCAGAUGUUAUCUUGUUUGCUUUCUUAAAAAGAUUUAUGGCCAGAAAGAUUUUUGAACUAAAUCAAAGUGCCGAACUGAAGUUGAUAUGACGAUCAGUGUGUUAGCUUUAUGUAGAUGAUUAGAUAAAGAGCUUCUAUUCAAUUUCUUUUAAUUAAGUAAACUAAAAAUGAUAGCUG